UUUAACCAAAGUCUAAGCUGCAGUAUGUCUUAUGGAUUCGGAGACAGCUCAUGGACUUCUAGCGGACCGCCAGGGAGAGAGAACUUAUACGAAAAAAGAAUGAGAUGAAAAGAGCGCAACCACGCAUGGUUCAAGCAAAUGACAUGGUACGACCCACGUCCAGACAGAGUGACAGGACACCACUUGUCUUGGGAGGGACAACACUUCAUGGAAUAGAUGGAUCACUAAACAACAGUAAUGCAACAACAGAAAUCCCUACAGGAGGACUGUUAGUCAAUGUUGGUACAGAUAGUCAAGAACCAGACCCCCCUAGAGUGAAACAGACAACUGACACAGAAAGAAAGCUUGCAGCCAUGGGCAUCUCAUCUAGCGCUGACUUUGCAAGCUAUAACGAUGAUGACAUAGGUGAUGAYGACAAUCAAGGUCACUCRCARGCUGUCACCCCCCUGGUGAUGAAACCYGGUCGAACACCAUCACCACUCCCAGCUGCACCACCCGCUUAUGACACCUCAGCGAAAAAGGCAACUGAGUCUCCUCCUGUGACAGCUGCRCCAAGUAAUGAACUUGAAAUUGAUGACCUGGAAAAGUUUGUGUUAAGACCAGCACCUCAAGGUGUAGUUGUAAAAUGUCGUAUCACAAGAGACAAGAAAGGUAUGGAUAGAGGCAUGUAUCCUACUUACUUCUUACACAUGGAGAGAGACGAUGGCAAAAAGGUGUUUUUAUUGGCUGGUCGUAAAAGGAAAAAGAGUACUACAUCUAAUUACCUAAUAAGUACAGAUGCUACAGAUUUAUCAAGAGGGGGAGAGAGCUUCAUAGGAAAACUAAGGGCAAAUCUGGUUGGAACAAAGUUUACAGUGUUUGAUCAAGGUGUCAAUCCUAAGAAGGGUGGGGUCAUGUCAGACGGUUCAAACAUUAGAGAAGAAUUGGCUGGUAUCAUUUAUGACACCAAUGUAUUAGGCUUCAAAGGACCACGUAAAAUGACUGUAGUUCUACCUGGCAUGGGUCUUGACCAACAAAGAGUUCCUGUUAGACCAAGAUCUGAGGCUGAAACUAUACUGGAACGACACAGGAAUAGGCAACUGGAAAACUUGGUAGAACUCCAUAAUAAAACACCAGUGUGGAAUGAUGAUACACAGUCUUAUGUUCUUAAUUUCCAUGGUAGAGUAACUCAAGCCUCUGUUAAAAACUUUCAGAUUGUACAUGAUAGUGACGUGGACUAUAUCAUCAUGCAGUUUGGUCGCGUGGCUGAAGACGUAUUCACCAUGGACUACAGCUAUCCAAUGUGUGCUGUCCAGUCUUUUGCUAUUGCACUCAGUAGUUUUGACAGCAAGCUGGCCUGCGAAUAGAAUUUGUUAAUAAUGCUAAAAUUGUACACUAACUUGUACAUAGUACCACCAAAACCUUGAAAUUAAUCUCAAUUAUUAUAUUAUUAGAAGUUCACAUUAUCAGCCACUUUAAGCGUCUGUAGGAUCUCAGUAUAUUGGUUUCAAUGAAUUCAUUAUUAAUAGCCUUCUYGGUUAAUGAUAAUUUUUUUUAAUAUAAUGAUUUCCAAUGUUUGUACACAAUACUCAAGGAAAGUGAUAAACAGAAUAUUUUGAUACUCAAUGCAAAUCAGCUUGAUGCAGGCUGUUCACAGGCUAAUGCCAAUUUGAUGUCAAAUAUUUAUGAAAGAAAGAACGUGCGGUACAUUUAAAAAAGUUUGAUUGAAAAAAUUUAAUUACUUGACAUAUGAAAAUGAAAUUCAUUUCAUAGCAUUUACUUGCCUGGGUAUUAUAUAUUACAUACUUACCGUUCAUUAAGUGUUAAAAAUAAAAUUGAACCAAAUAGGUGAGAGCAAUAAUAUGCUAUAAUCCUUUGUUUCUUGUUGUCCAAUUAUACCUAGUGAUAGUUUAUUCUAUUGCUACAUGUCAUAUGGUAAUGAAUUCAUUGAUGACCUCGCAGUGUAUGUCUAAUUUAACAUUAUUUUUAGCAGAUAAUAGCCUCUGAUAAAUAUUUAUUGCUUUACUGACAUGUAAUGUGAUUUUAAACUGAAAAUAAUUUAYAGUGGUUGAUAUAAAAGGUGACUUCCCCUGCUUAGAGGUAGUAAAGGAACACUCGCAGGACACUUGGAUACAUAAUUAUUAACAAAUGUUCUGUCAUUCAUCAACUGACAAUCUUUAUCAUCACAAGUCACUCUCAUUGUACAUUAUCACACUGUCGUCGUGUGCUCACUUCUAGCCAUACACUUAAGGCAACAAAAUACCAAUAAUUUUAUGUUCAUUCUAAAAUUUUAGAUAUUUUUAAUGAUUAUAAUUAGUGCACACACUAAAUCUGUGAACAUCAUUUCAUGGCAGUAACUGUACAUAAACUAAAUCACCAUUAUUAUACUCAGACCAUUCACUGUUUUAAACCUGUGGUCUUUUCUUACUUCAUUGUUUUCUUUAUUAGCUUUGAAACCAGGAUUGGGCAGUUCUGAACUACUUGUAGUUUGAAUAAUAAGUAACUAGAAAGCUAAUAGUGUUGUUUAUAAGUGCAAGCAAAAAUCAAUCAUUACUUAGAACAUAUUUCAAUCAUUACUUCGACAAUAGUCACUAAAGUUCUUGUGAUCUUCAGUCAUUGUGGUAAAUKUGGUCUGAUUUAAAUGAGUUUGAAACAUUUUUCAUCUAAGUUUUCCUUUCAAACUUGAUCUGCAAAAUAUUAGAAAGAUACAUUUUAGAAAUUAUUAAUCCGGCCCUUGAAUCAAGAAAAUUAUAUUUCAUGUAAUUUUAUUACUUGUAAAAUAAUAUAUUCUAGUUCUGAAUGGUCUGGACUAUAGUACAGUGCUUUAGGUGUUAGUUUAUCUCUCUAAAGUCAUGUUCCAAAUACAAAACCCACUUAAUAUCUAACAACUUAAAAGGUGGGUAACUUGGAUGGAUUUAUGCACAAUUAAAAGAAAUUCAUAUCAAAACAUAUUAGCAAACAAAAAUUAAAAUUAUUCUUUCGAUAGUUUUUUUUAAUGCUACAGAUACUUACAUUUAGAUGUUUAUUUCCUUUACAAAAACAUCAUGAGUAUGAAUUUUAUUCACCUUUUUUAAGUUUUAAAAUCUUUAAACCUAGCAGUGAGAAAAAUUUGUGAAUUCCUAAGUUUCUGUGUGCAAUACAUCUACAGGAUAUAAUUAAAACAUGUCUACAGUAUAUAUUUAUUAUUUAGAUAUUAUAUAAUUAUUAAAUGUUUUAGAUAAUGUUCAGAUUCUUUACCAGCAGUUACACUAAAGUAUUCAAAUGAUUUUCACACAUACAUUUCAAAAGCUAGUUUGUUGUUUGUAAAUCUACAUUGUUGGCCUAAAUAAUAAAAAAGAAAAUUGCUAUUAAA